UCCCGAUCCAAACCCUUUCGCAGCGGCGGCGCCGCCACUCCGAUGAGCGUCUCCGAUGAGCUCCGGUCGCUAGACGCCACGGGAAUCUACCGCCUCACAGCCUCCCGCGCUGCCUUCUUGGACCCGGUGCGCCUGCUCAACGAAUCCUACAGGCGCUUCCGCCUCGUCCCCUCUGCGUACUACUCCCGAAGCUUCGGCCCGUCGAAUCAGGGAGGCGACGCGCAGGGCGAGCGGACGGCGCCGUCUCCGGAGCGGAAGAAGCGCAAGCGGAAGCGCCAGCCGAAGCCCCGGGAACUCAAUGCCGUGGAGCGGAUCGCGGAAGCGCGGCAUCAGGAAGCAAGGGCUUUGCUGAUUAGUGCGCACAAAUCACUCCUUGAGGCGAAAGAUCUACUGGAGUUCCUACCGGGGAUGAUCAAGGGAGAUGAAUGCAGGCAAGAUGUUCAAACUAGUUCGGAGAACAAUUUUGUUGAGCUUGGGAGCUCAUGGCGAGCACCUCUUUGUGAGCUGACUAUUUGCUUUCAGAAGCCCCAUGGUCAGGGCGAGGCAGGUCCGUGCCAUGUCCAAAGGAGGUCCAGUACGUUGUUUAAUAAGAUAAUCAGUAUUGAAGAAAAUGAUGAGUCGGAAGGAGAAUUUCAGAGUAGACUCUAUAUUUUACCAAAAGGAGGUUGCUUCCUGAUGACUGACUUCAAACAUGUUCGUGAUCUCAUUCCUGAUAAUUCGAAUGAUGGUUACAACCUUAUAGUUAUUGACCCACCUUGGGAGAAUGGAUGUGUUCGUCAGAAAGAAGCGUAUCCUACACUUCCCAACAGAUAUUUGUUGUAUCUUCCAGUUCAAGAACUUGCUGAUCCAGCUGGAGCUCUUCUAGUUCUGUGGAUUACAAAUCGGGAGAAAUUGCGAAGAUUUGUUGAGGAUGAAUUGCUUCCAUCUUGGGGAGUUAAAGAUCCCACUGAGUUUUAUUGGCUGAAGGUGAAGUCCGAUGGUUCACUCAUUGGUGAUUUGGACUUGUUCCAUCACAGGCCUUAUGAGUGUCUUCUUCUUGGCUACAUAAAUGUUAAUAGAGAAGCUGAACCAGGAUCAAAUUUUAAGUUUCUGCAAGCUAGCCAAGUAAUUAUGAGUGUCCCGGGUGCACACUCAAGGAAACCUCCCCUUCAGAAAAUACUUUCCGAAUUUAUUCCUGGUUCUAAACCUCCAAGGUGCAUUGAGCUUUUUGCAAGAGAGUUGGGUUCUGGAUGGACCUCUUGGGGAAACGAGCCACUUCAUUUCCAGGAUUCCAUGUACUUCACGGAGAAGUAAAUUGAUAGACAACAACACGAUAUGUGCAGUUUGAAUCAAUUGUUGAAUCCACGUAAUGCUUUGUUGUUAUGUCUCAUGUUUUCCCGUAAGUAGUUCCUUCUUCCCAUUCUCUUACAUUUUCUAGCAAUGCACCCAUGCCUUCGCUUUACAAUAUUGUAUUUAGCUCCUCAGGUUAUUUGUUAAUGUUAGAAAAAAACCACACCAUAAGCCAAAAAAAAUGCCUCAUAUGGUUGUCCAUAUACAUCGUGGGAUUCACUACUGUAGAAACGCUUAUAGGCGCUAUGCGUUUAGUGACAGGCAAAGUUAAGCUUGUCACUAGUACAAACACUAGUGACAGGCGCAUAAAAAAGCCUGUCACUAGCCGAAAGGUCAAAUGUGUUAGCGACAUGCAUUUAUAAAUACCUGUCACUAGACAAAUACUUUUUAUUUUAUUAAGUUGGCUAACAUUUUGAGGACGAGCAUAUCAGACGUGGCUCAUCUAAAAAAAAAUACCACACGAAACCGUGAAUCCACGAAAAUCUUGACGACGCGAGCUUGAGAUAAAAGAAGGAACAAAGAUUUUGAUACGGAGUAGAUGCAUGAAGCCAAGUUUCCUUCAUUUUCUUUUAUUUCCUCUCCGACGGUUCUCCACUAUGUUUGAUGUAGGUAUGUGACUAGCAGCGUCCAGCCAGGUUUUUAGGAAGUACUGAAUCUGAAUCUACGUGCAAAUGCAGAUUGCACGUAAAACAGUUAGCCAGGUACGUGCCUGCUUUUUUUUUAACAAGGCCAAGUAUGUGCCUGCUUAGUUCAGCCACGACCAAAGCGGUUCUUCCGCGAACACGCCGCGUAGCUCUCUCGCGAGGCGUUCUUUUCUUAUCUCGAUAGGGUUCCUCCGCUAUACAGCCGCCGCAUCUGCCCCCUGGACCUCGAGCUUGCCGAACAGGGCUUGAUCCGUUUCGGACAUCCGCCGGCGUUUUGCCUCCAGCCGACAUGCUACUCCCGCUAUCAGGGUGGUGUUGUGUGGAUUUGAGCCAUUGUGUUCUUCAUCCGCUAUUUCUCCUUGCAUAUUGGAUCCAUUGAGGCAACCAGCGUGAUUGUACCAUCUGACACCCCGUGACUCAAUGGUAAAUCUCCCCAAGGGCUGCAAUGAAGCAUGUGUUCUCAUUCACCUGGUUAAGCACAUCAUCAGUGUCCUGCGCCAUUUAGGUCCAUACAAAGAAGACGUAAUGAAAGAAUUUGCACCUCAACAAGAUGGUGGAAAUGUAGAAGAGUGAAAGGAACUUGCAGCUAUGCAUAUGAACAACACAUGUACAUGGUGGUGCCGUUCUUUGGAGUUCAAGCUUCUUGCUACAUAACAAACUACUCUUUGUUGUCUAUGAUCGAUUGCAAGUUCUUAUACCAUUGUGUUAGUUGUACAAAUAUUAUGUCACAUUGGGUGAUGUGAACGUAUCAUUGGUACAAUAUCUUAUUGUGCUAUAUGAAAUAUCCGUGGAAAAUGUAUUUUAUUUGUAUAUCA